AGACCGACAACAUGUGGGGGUGGGAUUUGUUAUCAAGCUUGUGUGUCGUGUGAAAGACCUUCAGUACUGUACGAGUCGCACCAUGGAGAGAGCCACGAUCCCAUUAACUCUCUUAAGUGUCUUAGCUAUCUGUGUCAUUUCUGCCCCAACCAAGAAGUCACGGGAUGUUGACAUCUACAGCUUCCACAUCAAUUCUACAGUAAACAGCCGCUACGCCGUCACGACCAUCACAAGCCGUGUGGCGAACCGCCUCAAUGAGUCCAAAGAGGUUCAUUUCCAGGUCAAGAUACCAAAAAAUGCUUUCAUCACCAAAUUCAGGAUGACCAUAGAAGAAAAGACAUACGAUGGAGUUGUGAAGAAGAAAGAAGAGGCAGAGCAGCAGUACAGUGCGGCAGUAUCCCGAGGAGAAAGUGCCGGGAUCGUCGGCUCGGUAGGACGGACGCUGGAGGAGUUUAAAACCUCGGUGACGGUGGCGGCUCUCAGUAAGGUGACCUUUGAACUCACCUACGAAGAGCUGCUAAAGCGACGGCUUGGCAAAUACAAGCUACAAAUCAAUGCCCAACCGAUGCAGCCUGUGGCAGAUUUCAAGAUUGAUGUGUAUAUUAAUGAGGAUCCAGGUAUUUCCUUCCUGGAGGUAAACGGAGGGCUGAAAUCUCAGGAGCUGUUCAAUGCUGUAAUCAGUACUCUAGCCAGCUCUACCAAAGAGGCGUGGGUGAACUUUUACCCCACUCGCGAGCAGCAGACCAAGUGCUGUGGAGAAAAUGGACUAAAUGGAGACCUGAUCAUUGAGUACGACGUGAAGAGACCGAAUCCAAAUGGACAACUGAGGGCAUCGAGCGGAUAUUUCGUCCACUACUUCGCACCCACAGAUAUUCAGCAAAUCCCAAAAAAUGUGGUUUUUAUUAUUGACCGAAGCGGCUCUAUGCACGGCAGAAAGAUGGACCAGACUCGUGUGGCAAUGUUGAAGAUUUUGGGAGAUCUUGGUCAGGAUGAUUACUUUGGCUUGAUAACCUUUGACUCUGCAAUAAGGGUCUGGAAAACUGAACUUCUCCAAGCCACAGAAAGGAAAGUUAAGCAAGCGAAGGACUUUGUGAAGAACAUUAGAGAUGGAGGAGCCACGGACAUCAACGCUGCAGUGCUGAAGGGGGUGGAAAUGAUCAGGAACCCCAGAGAGGGUUCUGCCUCCAUCCUCAUCCUGCUCACUGAUGGAGACCCCACAUCAGGUGAAACAAACACAGAAAGAAUUCAGGCCAAUGUUAAAAAGGCCAUUGAUGGUAAAUUUCCACUUUACUGUUUGGGGUUUGGAUUUGACGUGAACUUUGACUUCUUGGAGAAAAUGGCGCAGGAAAAUGACGGAGUCGCACGCAGGAUCUACGAGGACUCGGAUGCUGACCUACAGCUGCAGGGUUUCUAUGAGGAAGUGGCCACGCCGCUCUUAACUGAUGUCCAACUGAAAUACCCCGGAGCUGCAAAUCUCACCCAGACCAGCUUCAGGCAGUAUUAUAACGGCUCAGAGAUCGUGGUGGCUGGACAAAUCACAGACAACAGCCUGGAAACUUUACAAACCGAAGUCAUCGCAAUCUCAAAAAACACAAAUGUAACGUACCAGGACUCCACAUCGGCAAAAGACCUCAUUGAUGUUUUACUGCAACAUGAAAACGUCAUCCAGAGACUGUGGGCUCAUCUUACAGUGAAACAGCUCCUGGAGAAAGAAGUGGCCCUCACAGGACAGGAGAAAGAAGCAGCCAAGAAAAAAGCUCUGGAUCUUUCUCUGAAAUAUGAAUUUGUGACUCCGCUCACCUCCAUGGUGGUCACUAAGCCACAGGAAGAGGAGACUCAAGUCGCCCACAAACCAAAGGAAGGUGCAGAGACACCAACAACUAAUCACAGAGUGAUGCAAUAUUCGCCUCCAUUAGCACAUGGCCCAAUUCCAGGGGGUCCACAAGGAUUCCCAGGUCUACAAAGAUACCCAGCAUUAGCACGACAACCAUUACGCCCAGGUCGACACAGACACCCAAUUGUACGCAUACACUCAGGACGAUUACCAGGUCAAGCAGGACAACCAGAUCCACAAGGAUUACCAGGUAUACGCAUACACACAGGACAAGGAUUACCAGGACAACCAGGACAAACAGGAUAUCUAGUUCCAGGUCUGUUUCAUGCAGUGGAUAGGACCCCUUUGUUACCAGAACAUCCCAUGCCAACAUUCACGAGCCAAACUAAACCUCCGCCCACUACUACCCCUGCAGUGAGUGUUGUGAGGUUCUUACUUUCUGCUCAGCCUAAACAGAUCUGCUACAACAUGCCUGUAGGACACAAACUCCAACUCUUUCUGGACGGCUCAUCAGAAAAAGGCUUUACGCUAGUUGCUAUUCAUUAUAAAACAGCAAAGCUUCUUGUGAGUCCUAAUGAAAGUGUCUACUCUGAAGGAGAGAACAGUGUGAAGUUUGUGUGGGGGCAGCCAGAGCCCAGCAGUCAUGAGUCACAGAACAUGGCAAUAUUUCAAAGGACCAACGAGAUAGACGUCACCAUGGGAACUGUGCGCGUCGUUGUCCUCAUUCAUAAGAACAUUGGAGAUGUUUUUCUGUGGCCUGUUGUUCAUAAACAAGGAAAAGAUUCUAACUUUAGAGGCAUUCUGGGAAAAAACGAUCUUCAGUAUGAAGAGCUCCAAGGAUCAAAGCUGAAAAUCAAUGACCAGGAAGUUGAUGCAACGCUGAGCUCUGCCAAAGACUACAGAUUUGCUGCUGCCCCUAGUGUGGAAUGUUGGCUUGUACCAUUCCAGUCUGCCCUCCAGGGGGAGCUCUCUGACUUCACUACAUCUGUGUGGGUCGUCAUGGCAGGAGCCACAAUCAUAUUAACUUUCAUUGGAUCUUUACUUCUUUGUGUCACCUCAGUGCCAGUUAAGAAGUCCCGGGAUGUUGACAUCUACAGCUUCCACAUCAAUUCUACGGUAAACAGCCGCUACGCCGUCACGACCAUUACGAGCCGUGUGGCGAACCGCCUCAAUGAGUCCAAAGAGGUUCAUUUCCAGGUCAAGAUACCAAAAAAUGCUUUCAUCACCAAAUUCAGGAUGAUCAUCGAGGGAAAGACGUAUGACGGAGUUGUAAAGCAAAAAGAAGCAGCGCAGCAGCAGUACAGUCAAGCCGUAUCACGAGGAGAAAGCGCCGGGAUCGUCAGCUCGGUAGGACGGACGCUGGAGGAGUUUAAAACCUCUGUGACGGUGGCGGCUCUCAGUAAGGUGACCUUUCAUUUCACCUACGAAGAGUUGCUAAAGCGACGGCUUGGCAAAUACAAGUUACAAAUCAAUGCCCAACCGAUGCAGCCUGUGGCAGAUUUCAAGGUUGAUGUCUACAUUACUGAGCGGUCAGGGAUUUCCUUCCUGGAGGUAAACGGAGGACUGAAAACACAAGAGAUGUCCAGUGCUGUAAUCACUACUCUGUCUGCGUCUACCAAAGAGGCUUGGGUGAACUUUUAUCCCACUCGUGAGCAACAGACCAACUGUGAAGGCUGUGGAGAAAAUGGACUAAAUGGAGACCUGUUCAUAGAGUAUGAUGUGAAGAGACCUAAUCAGAACGGAGAACUGCAGGCACUGAACAGCUAUUUCGUCCACUACUUUGCACCUACAGAUGUUCAGAAAAUCCCCAAAAAUGUGGUGUUUCUCAUCGACCAAAGCGGCUCCAUGCAGGGCACAAAAAUUCAUCAGACUCGUCUGGCGAUGCUGAAGAUUUUGGGAGAUCUGGCUGAAGACGACUACUUCGGCCUGAUCACCUUUGACAGUAUUGUACAUGUCUGGAACCCUGAACUCCUCCAAGCUAAAGAAGAAAAUCUGGAGAAGGCAAAGUCCUUUGUGAAGGCAAUUCAAGCUCGGGGAGGCACAAACAUCAACCAAGUCGUGCUAAAUGGGGUGGAAAUGAUAAAAAGCCACCCGCGACAGGGUUCUGCCUCAAUCGUCAUCCUGCUGACUGACGGAGACCCCACUUCAGGUGAAACAAACACAGAAAGAAUUCAGGCCAAUGUCAAAAAGGCCAUUGAUGGUAAAUUUCCACUUUACUGUUUGGGGUUUGGAUUUGACGUGAACUUUGACUUCUUGGAGAAAAUGGCGCUGGAAAAUAACGGAGUCGCACGCAGGAUCUACGAGGACUCGGAUGCUGACCUCCAGCUGCAGGGUUUCUAUGAGGAAGUGGCCACGCCGCUCUUAACUGAUGUCCAACUGAAAUACCCCGGAGCUGCAAAUCUCACCCAGACCAGCUUCAGGCAGUAUUAUAACGGCUCAGAGAUCGUGGUGGCUGGACAAAUCACAGACAACAGCCUGGAAACUUUACAAACCGAGGUCAUCGCAAUCUCAAAAAACACAAAUGUAACGUACCAGGACUCCACGUCGGCAAAAGACCUCAUUGAUGUUUUACCGCAACAUGAAAACUUCAUCCAGAGACUGUGGGCUCAUCUUACAGUGAAACAGCUCCUGGAGAAAGAAGUGGCCCUCAGAGGACAGGAGAAAGAAGCAGCCAAGAAAAAAGCUCUGGAUCUUUCUCUGAAAUAUGAAUUUGUGACUCCGCUCACCUCCAUGGUGGUCACUAAGCCACAGGAAGAGGAGACUCAAGUCGCCCACAAACCAAAGGAAGGAUUCCCAGACCUACACUCAGGACAACAAGGACAAGCAGGACAAACAGGAGAUCUACUUUCAAGGCAGUUCUAUGGUAUGUAUAAAUAUGCCAAGUGA